AUGGUGGAGGGUGAGAAAAGCUUGACGUUCACAAUACUGAUAAUAUCCCUUUGGCUCCUCGCUACAUUCAAGGUCUCUGCCGGCCGCUUCAAAGCACUUUCUCUCGAGCCACUCAGCACUUUGUCCCAGUCAUCUCGCCAAUACAGCCUUCCCCAUGGCCUCGCGCAGCAGCUGCCGUGCUGCACGCAACCCGCCCCAUGCCUUUGCAAGCCACGCCAGCUUAUCUGCAAGGCCUGGCGGCAUGCAGCUUUGGACGCGUUCUUUGCAACAAUACAGCUAUCGGCCAAAGCCCCGAUCCAUGCGCCAGAGCAUGCAUGGCGGCAUGCGCGCCAUCUGCAUAAGAAUGCCGAAAGGACUGAUCAGCCAGCUCAGGGCGGCAGGCAAGGGUCCACGGGGCUCCAGGAUCGCUGCAAUCACCAUCACCGGCUGCAAUGGCGCUCCAUUCAGCAAUCAUCGGCGAUAUCGUCGCUUGUCUGUCCGAUCCAAGCGCAUGGGCAUGUCCAUUGGUUCGCUUGGAUUUGUCUCGUGUCAAGCUGGCCAAGCGCAGCGAUUUUACGCCUUCCAAAACGGCUAUUGUUUGUAGCCACCACCCAACAGACUCCAGUGCUGGCGUUCCCUGCAGUCGAGCAUCUGGUGCUGGGCAAAGGAGAGUACUCGAUUGCCAAUACCACCUACAUCCCCACGCGCCUACCAGCUUUCACUAGUGCCGGUACGCUGUGUAUUGAGUACGCCGAUAGAAAAUCGGCAACCUCCACCAUCACCCACCUGUCGCGGGUCAAAAUCAUGCACGUCUCUCCGACGGCAGGCUAUAGUGACACGGACAUGCGCAGCUCCCGCCGGCUUGCAACUAGCCUCCUCGAGUGUCUCCAGCCACUCGACUGCACUGUCCGUCUGCAGUUGUCGGACUUGCUCAAGGCGCAGCAGUUUCUGCAUACUAUGUGUGCCCAGUAUGUGCUCCCAGACGGUCCCAUCCACCAGCGCUUAAAGUCGCUGAGUCUCUCUUGGAAAAACGACAAUA